CUGUUAUUGCAUGGACAAAAGAAACAAUCGAGAAAGAAGGCGGCGUUGUGAUCGCUGUGAAAUGCGACAUAACCAAUAGAAUUGAGGUUAAAGAAAUGAUAAGGCAGACAGAGAAUACAUUUGGUCCGGUAGAUAUUCUUGUCAACAAUGCCGCGUUGUGGCACCUCACCUUCAUGAAAUAUGCCAAAGAAGACCUCUGGGAAGAAAUCGUGGACAUUAAUAUCAAGGGCGUCCUUAAUUGUAUCGGAGCGGUCAUAAGUGGUAUGUGUGAGAGAAGAAGAGGACAUAUCAUCAAUAUAACUACAAAUUGUACAAGAAAGAAUUUAAUAGGCGCGGCAGUGUAUGUUGGAACGAAGCAUUUUUUGGAGGGGAUGACACGAACGCUAAGACAGGAGGUGUGUCAGGAGGGGGUCAAGGUGACCAAUGUCCAGCCGGGGCUAGUGGACACACCUGGACUGGCUGUCUCUCUAUCCAAUAUGGACGAUGAGUGCAAGGGACUGUAUAGUUUUGUUGAAAGGAUUGCAAAACUUACUGCAGAUGACGUUGCGAGAGCAGUGAUAUAUGCCUUGAAGCAACCUAAAGAUGUGGCGGUCAAUGAAGUUCUUCUCGAGCCACAGGAGUAUCCAAGGUAACAAGC